CAUGUGAAGGGAGGGCCAGAUAUAGCAAUCAUCUGUAACUGUCCUUGAGAGACGAGAAAAAGACAAGAGACGCUGGGAGAGAGGGCCGGCAACAUGAGGAAUUAUCUGGUUUUUGGACAGCGUCUUUCGAGGAGUUUCGCCACGUCAUCCCGUGCUCGCAUCCAGAACAGAGUUAUUGAGAAACAAAAGAUAUUCCAGGAAGAUAAUAACCUACCAGUUCAUACCAAAGGAGGGACAUCAGACGUCAUUUUAUUUCGCAUCACAAUGGGCAUAAGCAUUGCAGGAACAUGUCUUUCCUUGUUUGAGCUGUUUAAGGCGGCGAGACCCAAACACGCGAAAUGAGUCCACAUCGUCUAUGGUUACAGAUUAUCUGCUGUGAAUAGGAAAAUGUUUUAUUAAAAUUCCAAUAAUCUGC